ACGACGUCUUUUCUCUCGGCGGACUCCGUUCUGGGCAGAGGUCUGUAGCGUUUUGCAGGUGUUUUCUUGCGUCGCAGCAGCGCCAGCAACAAUGGUGUCCGGCUCAGGCAUCUGCGCCAAAGUGGUCGUGGUGGAUGCCCGCCACCAUAUGCUCGGCCGCUUAGCCUCAAUCCUCGCCAAAGAGCUUCUCAAUGGCCAGAAAGUCGUUGUCGUCCGCUCCGAGGAGAUCUGCCUGUCAGGUGGUCUUGUCAGGCAGAAGAUGAAAUAUCUGAGGUUUUUGAGGAAGAGGAUGAACACCAAGCCCAGCAAGGGCCCGAUUCAUUUUCGAUCCCCAGCACGUAUCUUGUGGAGGACCAUCCGCGGUAUGAUUCCGCACAAGACCAAGAGAGGAGCUGCUGCCCUUGAGCGCCUGAAGGCCUUCGAAGGAGUUCCUGCACCUUACGAUAAGAUGAAGAGGAUGGUUAUUCCGGACGCUCUCAAGGUACUGAGGCUGCAACCUGGACACAAGUUCUGUUUGUUGGGCCGUUUGUCCGAGGAGGUUGGAUGGCACCAUUACGAUACCAUCAAAGAGUUGGAGGAGAAGAGGAAGGCCAAGUCCAAGGUAUUUUACCAGCGCAAGAAGCAGCUCCUCCAGCUGCGUCUCAAGGCUGCCAAGCGUGUCGAGGAGCAGCUCGGCUCUCUUCAAGAAACUUUGGCACCCAUUACUUACGCGUCUUAGGUCUUUAUCCCACUAAUCUUGUUUCCAGUGUAUGCCUCUUUGUGGCUAAUAUAUUACAAGGACUCAAUUUUGAUGGAAAAAAGAUUGUUGCGCAGAAAUUUCGUUGUAGACCUGAUAAA